AGAAAACCUUUUCCUUAGACCCUUGUCUUCUCAGGCUUUUCUAAGAAGAAACAAAGAGGCGAAGCAAAAUAAAUAAAGCCAUAGAGAAGAAUAGGAACAUACAAUUGGGUACAGAGGAGCUACGGAGACUCAUAGGAGAGAGAAAUAAGCUAACGGCAUAUGGGUCGACCGCCAUGCUGUGAUAAAGUGGGAGUGAAGAAAGGUCCAUGGACUCCUGAGGAAGACAUAAUGUUAGUCACAUACAUUCAAGAACAUGGUCCUGGGAAUUGGAGGGCUGUUCCUACUACUACAGGGUUGAGUAGAUGCAGUAAGAGCUGUAGGCUUAGGUGGGCUAAUUACCUUAGGCCCGGGAUUAAAAGGGGUAACUUCACAGAUGAUGAGGAGAAAAUGAUAAUCGAGCUUCAAGCCCUUUUGGGCAACAAAUGGGCUGCAAUAGCUUCUUAUCUACCAGAGAGAACAGACAAUGACAUUAAAAACUAUUGGAAUACCCAUAUGAAGAAGAAGCUCAGAAAGCUUCAAACUGGCUCCAAUGAUCACUCUGAAGAUGGAUUAUCAAGUACUUCUCACUCAAUUUCCAGAGGUCAGUGGGAGAGGAGGCUCCAAACUGAUGUCCACACUGCCAAACGAGCCCUAAAUAAUGCCUUGUCACUGGACAACCCGAGCCUUGUACCUGAACUGAAGCCCUCUAAUGGGUAUUACUGUUAUAAUAAACCAAGCCAAGCAUGUGCCUAUGCAUCAAACACUGAGAACAUUGCUAGAUUGCUCCAAGGAUGGAUGAAGCCAAAGGCUGAGAAAAUUAUAUCUUCAAGUACUCAGCUUUCCAUCGAUAAUGGUGUGACUGAUUCUAUGUCCAGUGAGGCAUUUAAAUCGCGGUUUGGUUUUGAGUCUUUUGACUCCUCAAAUUCUGAUUUUUCUCAAUCUUUGUCUCCUGAGGCUAGUCUCUUCCAAGGUGAAAGCAAACCAGAUCCCACUGCCAUUGAAUUUGGACGAUUGUCCAUGCUUGAGAAUUGGUUGUUUGAUGAAGGUGUUGUUCAAGGGAAAGAAGAUUUGAUUGACUUCUCAUUUGAUGAAACUACAAAUUUGUUUUAGAUAAAUAUGAUUAUUAUUACUGAGAUUUUGUGACCGAUUGUAUCUUUUCUUUCUUUUUAAUUCCAGCCCUUAACAAUUCAAUUACAUGAAUGUUUUAUACUCCAUGGCCUGAUAGGAAUUACCUUGUCUCUUUAAUUAGUGUUAAACAGAUAGGAAAUGGCACAUUGUUAGGCUAAUUAAUUGAUUUGGAAUGUUAAAUUAUAAGAACUUUGGGCUAUUUGAAACCUUCAAAUUAUCUGCUGACAAAAAAGAAG